AUGACGGAACAAGACUCGCUCGAUAUGUGGAUAGCAAAAGCAAGGCUCAAGAUAUACGGUCCAUCAGCAGACCAAAACGUGGAAAAACAAGAAGACAAAAUCGCUAAAGACAACCCCAAGAUGUCGGCUAUGCCCACACAUAACCAUCUUUACAAGCCUCAACCCCUCAGAAUCAUCAAGGUAACAUCCAAACCUGCACCCCCAUCAUCUUCACACCAUCCCAAAACUUCCUGUCCCCCUUCUGCCCCUCCCGUCGAAUACUCACCCGCAGCAUCUCUAUCCAUAGAACCAGACCCAGAUGUCAUACCCACACCGCCUUUCCCGGGUAGAUCUUCAUCGGGCUCGCGCAUCAUACGUACGACGCAUGCCCCGUUUCCCGCAUCUGCAUCCCAGCAGCUGUUGGCACAGAUGAACAUAUCGCGGAAGCCUGCGUCACCGCGUGAAGAAGACUUGUUGCACCAGAUGGCGACGUUGCAUGCGCUUCAGGGGACUCAGGGAUUUGGCAUGAGGAGGUUGGAGGAGGAGGAGAGGAGGGGCAGGAGGAAACUAAGAAAGUGA